UGAUACAAACAGUAGGGGGCGGUAAUAAAAUACUAAUCGGAUGCGAUCCGCCGAAGAAGAAGAAGAAACCGGAAGAAAGGUUUAUUUGGUUUUUAUUAGUAGCAGCGGGAAAGCCAAUACAUACUUAACGGUGAGACAUUUUGACCAUGUCGAUCAAACAGGAGGAUAUGGCCAAACCUAAUAUCUCCCCAGUUCUGUUUAUGGCUGUGGAUGGUGAACCCAUGUCCUUUUUCUUGCGACCGGGUCCUGCUAAACGUAAACUCCAGCCGCUCAUCACAGCCGGAGGAGGGAUGUUGUGCAGUGUUCAGCAGCCGCGGGCAAUCCUGCUGCUGGACCCAGUGGAAGGAGGAUCUGUUGCUGAAACCACUGCUCAUUGGUACGUGUCCACCCAGUACAUUUACGACUGUAUUGAGAAGGAUGAACAGCUGAAUUUAGAGGAUUACAGGUUAAAUCCUGAAGUGGUCCAGAGACAAUCUGCCAGACUCAACAAUAACAGAGAAAGCUCUCCUGGACUCUUAGGAGGCAGGGUUGCCUACACAGCUGAAGAUGAUGCUGCCAUUUUGAGUUAUGUCAGUAAGCACAUGUCGGAGGUUGGAGGAAACCGCCUUUGGCAAGACAUGGAGAAGCAGCGUGUGACCAGUCACAGCUGGCAGUCAAUGAAAUAUCGUUACAGAGUACGGCUGGCAAAGAAACAGUCAGAGGUUGUGGAGGGGGCAGAGGAAAAUGGAGCAGAGGAAGAUGCUAAAGUAGCAGAGAGAGAGACCAAGGUGGAAGGAAAUCAAGAGGCAGAGCCUCAAAAACCCAUGAGUGCAGAAGAUCCUGCAUCUCCCCACACCGCAGAGUCAGAUGUAACACAGAUAGAAGCCCAGUCCAUAGCAGUUGAAAACAGACAACCAGAAGUUGUAGAAGCCCAAACAUCCACUUGUUCCCAAGGAGAAGUGCAACAUGUGACCCCACAGACGGACAAAGAACCAGAUGAAAGCACAAAAGUAGUGACUGUAGAAGCUGAAACGUAUAAUUCCCCCCAGCCUGAGGUACGUUGUUUGGACUCACCAGCAGAUGCUCACCCCAUUCCAGCUGAGAGCACAGAACCAGAAACAGAUGGACCACAAACGGUUGUCCCUCCUCAAAAAGAAAGCGUGCCAGAGGACUCUCCAUGCUCUUUGACCAAGUCCCUGCCUGACACCUCCUCCCAGAAAGAGCCAAAAGAGAAGUCCUCCCCAAGGCCGCAUCAACAACAGCGACGAUCAACACGCAGGCAACUUCAGCUCGAGGAGUCAUCGCCUGAAAGUUAUGGCAAAAAACUCAGAUCGGCAUCAAGUUUUCCUGAGCAGCUGUCAUCGUCUCCCCAGUCUUUGAAGAAAACUAAAUCAGCCAUUAAGUCUCCUUCUCAACAAGACACAACAGUGGACCAGCCGCCCUCUAAGAAAGCCAGAGGAAAGAGUGUUGCAGCAGUGGCUGACAGUCAACAGGAGGAGAGUGGACAAGCUGCCGUCUCUGAAGCAACACUAACAGCUAUGGAAUCUGUUCCAACACCACGGAAAGGAGUGAAGAGGAAAGAAAAGAGGAAGCUGGGGAUUCUGGAGAUGGCUACCAAAGAGUUUGAAAGUGAGUCUGAUGAGGACAAAGUUUCGGAUCUCCAAAGCCCAGCUGAAACAGUAACUGUGCAACCCAUAUCGACAGAACCCUCACUCCCCACUCCAGCCACAGCUGCUUCCACGCAGUCCAACCCUGAGCCAGGGCCCAGCCUCCAGGAGAACGUGCAGGAGACCCAGGACUCCCAUAGAAACUGCCUGGCAGUGGCAGGCUGCGCUGAGCCUGCGGCCACCGAGGUCGUCGACACAACCUCUAAGGCCCACUUGUUCAUAUUUGAAAGUGAAUCUCAGGAGGAAGACUCUCAGUCCAGUCUGGGUGAGAACCCAGCACCUCCAGCUGACCCACAGCCAACAGUGAACAAAGACUCUGCCUUUUCACUCACUCAGUCCCAGCUGGAGGAGGACAAGCAGCGAAUCAGAGAACUGAUGCAGGAGACAAACCAGGACUUAGUCAGCGUGACCAAAGCACUGUUGAAGACCAGUGGAGACUUCUCUGACGCUCGCGAGCUGCUAUUGAAUCCCCUCUCCAUGUCAGGACCGUGUUGGCAGUGCUACGACGACGAUCUUUUGCUCGCGGGUGAUCCUGUCAUCCAGCAGCAGCUGAAAGAGAAAUACGGGUUGUGGGAGGGCUGGAGCCUAUCUCAGCUGACUAUGGGCGAGAGAUGGUACCCCACCCUAGACUGUGCAUGUUUCUGGAGCACCUGGAGAAAACCCACACAGAACAUGCAAACUCCACACAGAAGGGCCCAGAUUGGGAUUUGAACGUGGAAUCCUCUUGCUGUGAGGCGACAGUGCCAACCACUGCACCACAGUGCCACCCUUCAGUUGUGCAUAGUUUAUUAAAUAAAUCUGUACUGUUGGAGAAAACUACUGCUGCUUGAUGCAAUAUCGUCUUAUUCUGCACUCAUCGGCACCCUUUACACGAUGCCUGCUUCAUAAAUGUGCCAACAGACGAGACACUUUUUGUGUGGAACCUUCUUUAAAAGUACUGUACAGAGAAGAAAUUCCAGGCACAUGCUGUAAAACAACAUAAAACAUAACAGAGGCCACCAGCUUGAUUCACAGUGGAUUUAUUCUUGAGCUUUGGCCAGCACUGUCGGCGCAAUGUGAUAACCUUGUGCGCAGAGAA